AUGCAGGCAAUCCGGAACCUUUUCAAGAACGACCUCGUUCUGGUCGGCACAAACCUCACCGUAGUAGCCGGCGUUGCGACUUAUCUAGGCUCUCGGGUGGAGAAGAAACUGGACCGCAUGGAAGAGGAACAGGAGGCGCGCAUGGACGAGAUUGAAGGAACACUACGCGGUCACAUCGGCUUGAUUGAAGACUCGUUGGACAGGAUUGAAGGCAAGCCUAAUGCUGGGAAGCAAGACAAAUUUAUAACAUUGCGCCUGUUGGCAAUACAUUCACGCGACUGCGCCAAAAUGCCUGCGCCAGCCUCCAAUAAGCGCAACAAGCGCAUCAGCCGGAACCUCAUAAUCGGUUCCGAAGCCUGGCAGUUGCCCCCAGUAGGCCACCCCGACCGCCCCAAGGGCGUGCCAGACGACCACACCAAGCGCUGGACCGUAUACGUGCGAGUACCCGACGGCGAUCCCGAUAUCAGAGCAUGGCUCAACAAAGUCUCGUUCAAGAUUUUCAACACAUACGAAAACCCGCUGCGCAUGGUCGAGAAGCCGCCGUUUGAGGUGACCGAGACAGGAUGGGGAGGCUUCAACAUCGAUAUAAGACUGCACUUCCAGCCCAUCUCAGGCGAGAAGGCGCAAUACCGACAGCACUUCUUGCAGCUGGAAAAGUAUGGUGACGACAAAAUGCAAGCUGAGCAGGAACGGUCAGGUUGCGUGCGCUCCGAAUUCCUCGAAGUUGUGCAGUUCAACGAGCCCACCGAAGCCCUCUUCGACGCCCUCACAUCGGAAGACCAGUGGAACUACCUCAUACCUGCCGGUAAGGGCGGCUCGAAGAAGGCAUCGCUGGGCGCAAACGGAAGACUUAGGCGCGGCCUGCCCAAUGGCGAGCGGAGCGCUCAGCUGCCAGAGAAGGGAGGCGAUGAAGUUCCCUUCAGUCAGGAACAAGAGCAGGCACUACAAGAUUUCUUAAAGCAAAAGAUGGAGGAUGUAGAGAAGCAGUUGGACAAAGAGGCCAAGAAGAAGGAAGAGGUAGAGGCUAAGCUCAAAGCAUUACGCAGUGAGCUGGGGCACGAGGCUGCUCAGCAGGCAGCGCAGCAGGCUAGUGGAGACAGGAGCCGGCGCAGGUGA